AUGGAAACCCUCCGCAAAUCCUUCAAAUCCUCGCCGCCAAAGCAAGAGGAGGACCGCCAGAUUCUCCUAACUGAAAAGCCCACAUCCGCCGCCGCGCCCAUGGCGACGUCGUCUUCCUCCUCCGCCUCCCCUUCCCCUCCCGUCGCACCCAAAAUCAAUGGUCGAGAUCUGCCCGACGCCGCCGGUGAUACUGGCGCUAGCAACAAAAUUUGGCGGGACUCCAGCUACGACUUCUCAAACGACGCCGUCAUGAGAGCCGCCGCCAAAUCCGGCGACUUCGAUUUCAUCUCUGAGUCUCCAGUGUCCCAGCGAUCCCAAUUAUCCCGAAUCCCCGAGAGCCCCGGCCCCAACACCAACUACGACCAGUCCACCCCGCGCGACGUCCGCGUCUCCUUCCACGAGUCCGUCGAGCAGGCCGCAAACCGCCGGUCCAGCGCCGAACCGGAGGAGAUCCUUGUCUGCAGCUCCAACAGCUCCUUCCAGAGGAAAUCCAGCCUCCUUCGUGCCAAGACCAAGUCCCGGCUGCUUGACCCGCCGGAGGACUACACCCCCAAAUCCCAGACUCAGAGAAUGAUUAAUAAAUCCCAGAACUUGGGGAGAGCCAGCGAGAUCGACGAGGAUGAUCCCUUUCUGGAAGACGAUUUGCCCGAUGACUACAAGAAGAUGAAGUUCAACGUGCUUUCCUUUCUACAGCUGGUGAGCUUGAUACUAAUUGUGGCCGGUUUAAUUUGCAGCUUGACCUUUAACAUCCUGAGAAGGAAGAAAAUUUUUGAGCUGGAGCUAUGGAAAUGGGAGGUGAUGGUUCUAGUUUUGAUCUCGGGCAGAUUGGUCUCUGGAUGGGCUAUUAGGAUUGUAGUUUUCUCGAUUGAGAGGAAUUUCUUACUGCGAAAACGAGUUUUGUAUUUUGUUUACGGAUUGAGGAAUGCUGUUCAGAAUUGUCUCUGGCUUUCUCUGGUUCUGAUCGCGUGGCAGUGCAUUUUCGACAAGAAGGUUGAAAAGGUCACAAACAGGCGGAUUCUACCAUAUGUGACUAAAAUCUGGGUGUGCCUUUUGGUGGGAACCUUUAUCUGGCUACUGAAAACAUUGCUAGUUAAAGUAUUAGCAUCGUCCUUUCACGUCAGCACAUUUUUCGACCGGAUUCAGGAGUCGUUGUUCAAUCAAUACGUUAUUGAGACCCUCUCAGGUUCGGCAUUGAUCGAGAUACAGCACGAGCAGGAAGAGGAAGAGAGGGUCAUGAUUGAGGUCAAUAAGCUUCAGAGUGCCGGGGCCACAAUCCCGCCGGAUCUGAAGGCAAACAUGUUCCCCAAGAGUGGUAAAAUAAUCGGCACACCGAGAAAGACGCCCACGUCAGCGGGCGGGAAAAGUCCCGCUUUCUCAAAGCUCAUGUCGAGACGGGAAGAGCAGCAGAAUGGGAUUACUAUAGACCACUUGCAUAGGUUGAAUCAGAAGAAUAUAUCGGCUUGGAAUAUGAAGAGGCUGAUGAAUAUAGUAAGGAAUGGGGUGCUAUCCACCCUGGACGAGAAGAUACAGGGCUCAACCGGGGAGGAUGAGUCUACGGUGCAUAUCACGAGCGAGAAACAGGCAAAAGCUGCUGCCAAGAAGAUAUUUACUAAUGUGGCCAAGCCAGGAGCUAAAUACAUUUAUGAGGAAGAUUUAUUGCGUUUCAUGCGGGAGGAUGAGGUUGUAAAGACUAUGCGUCUAUUUGAAGAUGGAAGUGAACAAAAGAGAAUCAGCAGGAAAGCUCUUAAAAAUUGGGUGGUCAAUGUAUUCAGAGAAAGAAGGGCACUUGCUCUGUCCCUAAACGACACUAAAACUGCCGUAAACAAGCUGCAUCAGAUGCUGAAUGUGCUGGUGGGAAUACUCAUUAUUGUCAUCUGGCUUCUCAUUCUCAAAGUCGCCACCACACACUUCUUCAUCUUCUUGAGCUCACAGCUCCUUUUGGUGGUGUUCAUGUUCGGAAACACGUGCAAGACAACAUUCGAGGCCAUCAUCUUUCUGUUUGUGAUGCACCCUUUUGAUGUGGGUGACCGUGUUGAAGUCGAUGGAGUUCAAAUGGUCGUUGAAGAGAUGAAUAUAUUGGCCACAGUUUUCCUGAAGUUUGAUAACCACAAGAUAUAUUACCCAAACAGUGUCCUAUCCACAAAGCCAAUCCAUAACUAUUACCGGAGUCCGGAAAUGGGAGAUGCCAUUGAUUUCUGUAUUCACAUUUCAACUCCUGUCGAGAAGAUUGCACUUAUGAAGGAAAGAAUCACGAGGUAUGUGGAGAAGAGGAGUGACCACUGGCAGCCAGAGCCGAUGAUUGUGAUGAGAGAUGUGGAGGACAUGAACCGAAUCAAGUUCUCAGUUUGGCUAACUCACAGGAUGAAUCAUCAGGACAUGGGUGAGAGGUGGGUCCGGCGUGCCCUUCUUGUGGAGGAUAUGGUCAACACCUUCAGGGAGCUCGACAUUCAGUACCGAUUGUUGCCUCUUGACGUGAAUGUUCGCAACAUGCCACCAAUAAGUUCAUCUAGAUUACCGUCUAACUGGACUGCUUCUGCUCAUUGA